UGUUUCUUGUUCCAGUGUGACACUUAAAUGCAGCCUAACUACCCACAAUGGGUGUCCAUUAAAAGCCUCGAGCUGUGUAAAGAAAAGAACCUAAUACACUUAAUCAUCAUUCAUCACGACCGUUCAUUCCAUUCAAAUGCUGACGUGGUCGAUCAUCAAAAAAUUAUAUAUGUAUGUACAAUUGUAGACUACCCUGUCCAACAGUAUCUUUGUAGUUUAGUGAUUGUGGGUGAGUGAGUAUACAAAUUUCAUCAAAGAAGAAGAAGAUGAUGAUGAUGAAAAGGGAGAUGAGUUUUGUGUCGUUUUUGGUGAUAUUUGUCGUUUUAAUGAGGAGUAGUAGUAUUGUGGUGGAGUGUGCUGUGUCGAUACCAGAGAAGUGUGGUAGUGAUUUUCAAAAGCUGGCUGUUUGCCUGACCUACGCGACGGGAAAGGCGGCGACUCCGACGAAGGACUGUUGUGAUUCUGUGAAGGGUAUAAAAGAUAGUGAGCCAGAGUGCUUGUGUUUCAUUAUGCAACAAACACAUAGUGGAAACGACAAGAUUAAGAGUAUGGGUAUUCAGGAGACUAAGCUUAUUCAGUUACCUUCUACUUGUGCCUUGAAAAACGCUAGCCUUGCUGAAUGUCCAAAGCUUCUAGGCUUAGCCCCUAACUCCCCGGACGCUGCCAUAUUCACAAACGCAAAUGCCACAUCAGCAACACCUGCGGCUUCGGCGACGCCCUCCACAACAGGAACAGGAUCAUCCCAACCCCAGACAAGUAACAGCGACUCUAGCACGAUUCAGCUUGGGCCUUGCAUUGCUGCUCUGCUAGCAAUGGCUAUGGCCGCCAUUGGAGCUUUUGCCUGAGAGGAUUAACUAGGUGACCAUUGGCUAGAGCUUCAGGAUCAUCAACAACAUUUAAUUGUCUUUAGCUUUCUUUGUGUUUGUUUUCUUAGACCGUGUCGUAUGUACUUGUACCCAUAACGUUAUGUGUAGUCCCACGUGUACCGUUAUUGCCAGACUUUUCUCAGUUUCCUAUUUAUAUCUUUGAGAUUUGCUUUA